UUAUCAUGGAGAUCACAGCAUACCUUGGUAAGAUUCAAUCUGUGCCCCAAGAACGAAUAACUAACUUGGAGAUGAUAGAAUUUGCUGCGCAACUUAUCAGGCGCAUAGACUCGGGCAAUGUGAAUGCUGUCACCACGAAAGAACUCGAAACCAUUCUCAGUAUGAAAUGCCCUCGCUCGCCUGCCGCCAGAGCGCCCGACUUCGAUCGCCUCGGAACACAGAUCUGGAAUGCCGCCAUUCGCCUGAAAGACCAGUUUUCACCACUGCUCAAAACUUGGCCACAGUUCGAGUCUCAACUACGCGUCCUUGCGUACUUCCUUCUAGACAAUGCUCAAAGAUCCUACGUCAAGCAUGGCAGCAAAAGAUCAUCCCAGAACCUGGUCCGCAUUCUCAAGACUGCCUUGAAAGCAGCACGUAUCUGUAUCACUGCAGACGCUCUGGACCUUUGCACCAUGCUGUUUGAGAAAGUUGCAGAACAUGUCGAACACAUACAAGAUGCACCCCGAGAACAAAAGAGAGACAAGCAAGAAAGUGAGGCUGAAGAGAUGCUCAAAGAGUUGAUGGCCGACUAUCAUCUCUUGAGAGCAACAUUGUCUUGGAAACAACACAAACCCGACAACGUGACCUACUGGCUCAGCAGAGUCAUUCUCAUCCCACACAGAUCGGAUAUGCUGCACCUCGCCGAACAGAAAGCAGACUUGACAUACGAAAUCGGCAAGUCGGCUCUUCAGAAGAAGCAAUUUCCUAGCGCCGCAAGGUGGCUAGAGCAAAGCUAUCAGAUAUUCCACGACAUUGACCCUGAGAUGCUGUCUUCUGAUCUUUGUGAUCUUCAUGUGGUGGUUAUGCUCGACUAUGCUCGCUCUCUGGUCGGUGUCGGUAAUCCUGAUUCAUUAGUGAAAGCAAUCAGUCUUAUUGUGACGCUCGAUCAGCAUGGCUUUAAACUCGAGGUUCAGUUGAUAAGACUGGAUAUCAUCUAUGCUACAAGGCCAUUCGAAGCCGAUGAAUUCUGUGGGGUCUUGAAUCAGAUCGUUCGUGGAGCUAUACUUUCGGAGGGCACUUUCAAAUCAAUCAUGCAUCAGAUCCAGAAGCUGAACACUGAAGAUCCCGAAAGAGUCGGUGCAACAAACCGUACCGCCAUCGCUACUUCGACUCCAGGACCUUUCUCGAACUUGGCCUGUCAGACCCUGGAUCUUCUGCUAUCGAGGUUGCUUGAACAACCGUCUGUUGCGCAGAUCUGGAUUGAGAAGGUUGUGGUGAUCAGAGUAUGGAUCUGUUCUUUCACUUUGCAUGUACAAGACCACCUUCUCAAGCUUGAGAAUCUGUUCGAUGAUAUUGCGAAUAGGAAUGGGACAAAGCUGGGGAUGGAGGCCACACAUGUCUGUCAAUCUCUAAUAUGGAAAGCUGUUACCUCUUUACAACAAUCACAUCAUGAGGACGACGCUGCCAGAUGGUGUAGUUUGGCGAGCCACAUAAUCUUUACCAGCUCCGGAGAAAUCAACAAAGCCAAAUUAUCACGUGUGUACUCGAAUCGAGAUCUGACUGCUGCACGAGCGAUUUACCACCAGAUGUCAGAUCAGGGCAAGUCAGCCGCAAUGACACAAUAUCUGGUCUACAAACUUGCGCUGCAAGAGAGCGAUGCUGAGCUUGCUACAAAAUCCCUCGAAGGGAUACUGAAGUCAUCUUCCAAAGACUCUCAAAAGUAUCUCUACGCGUGUGCUCUUGAAGCACAACAGAUCGGCGAUCGAAAGCAGUUCAUCGCAACCUUGAACAAAAUUCUGGAGCUUCAUGAGAAGCAUUCUCUGAGCGAUGUCCGGUUGGCUGUUCUACUUCGUUGUAUAGUUGGUUCCAUCGAGACAGAGCUGAAGAACAAUAACAUGCCGCUCGAAGCUGGACUGACUGAAUUGUGCAAAGUCUUUGAAGCAGGUAUUGUUACUGAAGUCAAAGCACGAGUGAGAACAAAUGCUGAUAUAAACANNGUCAUGAGACAUGGAAGCAGUUUCAAAGAUGCGGACGGCAAUGAUAAACGGGUUGACGAGCUUCGAUGGUUUGCUUGCCAUUGUUACAAUACAGCUCUGAAGCACUGCUCGGAUAUGCAACCUGAAUUACUAACGAGAUUCAUGAUGGCCAGUGUUUCUGUAGAGAUACUUCGGAAUGAGGGCGAGAAAGAUGAUGGCCUUCUCUCUCGGCUUCUUUUGUGUCGCUUCUUGGCCACGUCUGCUUUGAUUGUUCUGGCCAGAUCAGAAGACAACAUUGAGAGAGCACUAUAUACUGAUGCCAGAAGACAAAUCGGAGCCUUUCACAAGAAAUAUCAAGAAGCCAUACGACAAGAGUCACUUCAGCCAGAUGCGUUAUCAGACAUUGAGGUCAAGAAAUUUGAGAUGGUUCAAUUCGAUUUGGAGGCCGUGAUGCGCCUCGAACAGUGGGAUGACUUGGCCACAGUGCUCUCACCACGCCACUCGAACCGACUCGAAAGUGCAGCAGAUCUGAUUCUUCACAUUCACACCCACAUAAUAUCUGGCCCUUCCCAGCCCGCAAAUCCGAAAAUUCUCGCCGGCAUUCCUAUAGUCUUGGAGAAGAUGAUCAACACAUGCUGGCGUAACAACAAAGAUAUCACACGCCUCGCCCGCUGGAUACGCUGCCUUUUCCAAAUGACCUUGACGUCCGACCCUGUCAUCUCUCUUCGCUGUCUAGACCAAGCUUCUGCUAUCGCAUCUAAAGCAGCUACAAGACAGAUUCCGGAAGCCUAUCCACCUGAGGAGAUUGAGUGGUUGGCUAGUACAGCAUUCAACCAUGCCGUAGAUCUGUGGUUCGCAGGUGUUGAGGAAGGAGAAGGUCAACCAGGAGAUAAUGAGCAAGCCAGAGUUUGGGCUGAGAAAGCUUUGAUGCUUGCAGGGAGUGUAGGUGGAGUUGGCAUUGGAGUGCAGGGCUUGCACAAGGUUCUGCAGGAGAAGUGGAUGAGAUUGAAGAAGAUGGGUCAGGGU